GAGCUCGCGUUUUACAUUCCUGGCAUUCCGACCUCAGUCCCUCCUUGCCUCGGUUACUUAUUAUCGCCGCUCUUUCCCUCCACAGUCAUUUCACAGCGAGGCAGGACCAAAGCACUACGUCUAAUAUGAGGCACGUUUAAGUUGGAACUACUCCGGAAAAACGACAUUUUACUCAACUAAAAGGAUAUUACCAUGAUGAGCGCGUGAGCUGGUUUACAGCAGAUCUAUUUGAGACUUUGGAUCAGUCCCAUAGAUAGAAAAGAGAGCACUAUGUCAUCCACAGAGGAGCCUUCUGGCACAGUCCUGCACAGACUCAUCCAGGAACAGCUCCGAUAUGGAAACCCCACAGACGCACGCACCUUACUGGCCAUCCAGCAGCAGGCACUGCGCGGAGGCAGCGGCAGUGCACCGAGCAGUGGAGGAGAUAUGAGCCGAAGCCCCCGCUCAUCUCUGGAGAGUCUGACCCUAGAGGAGCCCUCGUCCCCUCAGCUAUCAGCCCGACAGGAGCCCCAGGGCCAGGAGCAUCAAGGGGACUACCAGCACUCAGAGAGCACCUUCCAGCUUUUCCAGCACCAUGGUGAACCCCUACCUACAUAUGACCAGGCAAAGGUCCAUUCUCAGUACCUGGCCUCACACUGGGACCCCACAGGCCCAGUCAUGCAGCUCCAUGAGGGGGCCUUCCACGCAGAGGCAGACCAUAUGGACCUGAAGUGCAACCAUGCUCGAUCUCUGAGUGAGCAGCGUAUGCAGAUGUCUCUUGAAAGGAUUGACACGGCCAAAGCAGAAGCACUCAAAAGCACUUCUCACAGCUACCCGGAGCUGCCUUACUACAGCCCACCAGGCCAGGACAAACGCUGCCCUCCUCCAGAGUACUCAAGUCCCAUUCAGGGCCAAGGAUUUAUCCCUCACCAGUUCCAAGAGCCAGUGCAAAGGUACUACCAGGACCUACUCAUUUUACACUACUUAUGGUUUGAGCAGCCAGGUGAUGUCCCUGGCUAUGGCUCAUUACACAGCCUGCCACCUGCUGGUUUGGAGGAGCCCAACCAAGUGGAGCUAUUGCUGAUGGAGAAUGAGCUGAGACAGGAGCUAGAAGUCCACAGAGAGAAAGGAGGGCGUAUUCAGAAGUUGGAGCAGGAGAUCCAGCGCAUUUCUGAGGCCUAUGAAACCCUAAUGAAGGGCAGCACAAAGAGGGAAACUCUGGAGCAGACACUGAGGAGGAGGCUGGUGGCUGAGGUCAGAAGACUUCAGGAUUUUAACAGAGACCUAAGAGAAAACUUGGAAAAUGCCAGAUCGCAUGUUGCAAAAGAAGCACAGGCCGCAGACCACAACCAGCACAUCAUGGCUAAACUCCUUGAACAAAAUGAAGAGCAGAACAGUGAACGUGAGCGCAUGGAACGGGAACUACAGCGUCUGAGGUCGACGGCAGAGGAGCAGACCCUGAAAGCAAAGCGCUUGGAGGAUGCCCUGGAGACUGCGCUGGGGCGAGGGCGACAGUUGGAGGAGGAGCUCAGGCGGAAGCGGGCGUAUGUGGAGAAGGUGGAGAGGCUGCAGAGUGCCCUGGCACAGCUGCAGUCCACCUGUGAGAAACGGGAAAGCCUCGAGAUGAAGCUCAGGACGAGACUAGAGCAGGAGCUGCGCACCUUGAGGGCACAGCAGAGGCAGACACAGCCCCCAGGAACAACUAUGAGCUCUCUCCAAGAACGUCUUCAGGAAAAGGAGGAGCGGAUCUUAGCCCUGGAGGCAGACAUGGUGCGCUGGGAACAGAAGUAUUUAGAGGAAAGCACUAUGAGGCAGUUUGCAAUGGAGGUGGCUGCAACUGCUGCCGCUCAGAGGGACACCACCAUCAUUAACCACUCACCCUGCCACUCCUCUAACAAUAGUUUCAAUGAUGACCUACCGCCUGCAGACUACAGGAAUCAAGAGAUGGAAAACAGAAUUCGGGCUCUUUAUGCCCAGAUUUUGGAAAAGGAUGCUGUAAUAAAAAUCCUCAACCAGCGGUUACACCAGGACCAAAGGAAAAGGGAAGACAGUCCUGCAAAUCUCUAUAGUACCACAGGGGCACCUCUGAGACCAGCCUCCUCCACUCCUGUGAUCUGCACUGGCAUCAGCAGCACUAAGAGCAGAGGGAAGAGUCUUUCAGACGAUCAGACUUCUCCAAAUAGACAAUUCUCUGCACAAUCUGAGCCGGGGACUCUGGAGCGACCGGUGACAGGAACUAAAGCCAAACUGGCUUCAAGUCUAACAAAGCUUAACACUGAGAAGGCAGUGCCUAAAAAGUUGCUACUAAACCCAUUCAAAGGCUUGGAUGAAUUGGAGACAGAGGCUGUGGAAAUCUUUAUUUAAAUAAUCUGGAAAUGGGACACUGAGCAAGUGUCUGUGAAUGACAAAAGAAAGUUUGAAAAAGGACAGAUCUUUGGGCCAGAGCUGUGCUCUGACUCACCCUUGACCUCUGGCUGAGCAGCUGCUGGCAGUGUGCACAGCCACAGAGAGGAGACACAUCUGAGGUACUUGGACAGUAUUUUGGAUUGUAAUAGGACAACAUGUUUUCUCAGAGUGAAUGCCAAAAUAUUUAUAUUCUCUAUAGUAUAUAUGUGAAAUGUUGCUGCUUUCCCCAUCCUUAAAUAUUAUUUCCCAACUGAAAAAAGCUAGAUAUUUAUUGUGGUUUCUACAUUUUCUAAAAUAUAUAAUAUAUGUGGCGCACAGACUUGCAUUCCCCUCCUUGUCAAGUUAUAAUUCUCAGCAAUCCCAAUUCAGAUCUGGAAUCUAUUCCCAUCAUUGAUAACGUGAUAACACUUAUUGCUCCUGUAGUCUGUCAUAUUCCCUUAGCCUCUGUAGCUGGAUCUACAGAGGUUUAUGGCUCUGUGACCAGAAGGUGCCUAGUAUAUUAUUAAACAAAAGUACUUCUUGACAAAAUGUUUGCUUGUAUGAUAAUAUUGUGAAAGUAACGUGGCUGCUCUGCAGGUCAGAAUGCCACUGGAGGGGGAGGAAAACUACUCUGUGUUUACUGUGAGCUUCUAAACUAACAGGUUAAGUUUAUUAAUAUAUUGUUAUAUAUGUAUUUUUACAGAUAUUUGUAUUAUUUUAGAUAUUGCAAUGAGCUAAAUGCCAAAGAGUUAUGUUCUGACAAUCACGGUCUUGUCUACCUGUAUACAAGUGUUAAUUCCAUGUGACAUUUCUGUGAACUUCAAACAAUAUGAAGGUUUUUACAGUUGAAUGCAACAUUUCAUAAACAGUAAAAUGUUAAAAUAU